CUUUGGGAACCUCUGUGUUACAGUUGGAUGAAAUUGUCGGCGUCUCAGCCAGAUUUGAUUUCAUUCUUUUUUUUUUUCUUCUUCUUCUACAGUUGGUUUAAAUGACAGCGUCCGCAGCUUCUUCGUUCGAUCCUCGCGCGGCCGUCGCCGUUUCUCCGUCCACCGAAGCAGCCAUGAAUCCAUUCAGUCAAACAGACCUGGACUCCCGUCCCUCUGAAGACGCCUCGUCGCGCUCAAAUUCCUCCACCAACGACCUCCCAGUCCCCAGCGCCCCCUGUCGGCCGGUCACGCUAACAGGAUGUGGCGCUCUGAUCGUUUUAAGCGAUGCAUCUUCGCUCAGUGAAAGCCAAGUCCAGUCUCCAGGCCACGGCCGCUCUGCCCCCACACUUCGCCCUGACACGGACCCAAUCGCCCUCCCCGCCUCCUGCCACGUCUUCAUCAUUCAGUCUCCGUCCCUGGCCCGCCCUCGGUGCUUCGUGGAGACCUGCCCCGACCUGGAGUGCUCCAUCUGCGUCAGCGAAUUCAACAUCUUCCGCUGUCCCAAGAUGCUUCACUGCAGGCACAUGUUCUGCCUGGAAUGUCUGGCACGUAUCAACGUCAAGUCGGCCGAGCCCAGCGCAAUCCACUGUCCUCUGUGCCGCAGCCUGACGCAGCUGCCCGCCCUCGGACUGCCCACUGACUCGGAUGUCCUGUCGUCCCUACCAGCCGCCAUGCAGAGAGUCUACAGCAUCCACUUCAACCGCAACAAGGGGAAGCUCCAGGUCAAAAGGUCAUCUGAAGGUCACCAAGGAUGGGGCCUAAGGGCGUCCAGAUUAGCCAACCCCCGAGCACUUGCAAACAAAAGUGCUGGAGUUACAGCAGGAUAUAUUAGGACAAUGGAACCGAUUAGGUGUAGCACAAUUCCAUGA